UCAAAAGAAUUAAAUUAAUUUUUAAGAGAGGUAGAAAGGAAAUUGGCCUCAAAAUAAUUAAAUAUGCCCACCACUUCCAUUACACCAAAACAGACAAAAAUAAGCAUUUGCAAGAUUUGUUUGUCUUUCCCCUUUGCAAAUGUAGCUUCAGAUCUCAUUGGAAUUAAAAUCCAAUUGUUGGGCUUCUAUCCUUGAACAUGACAACAGAUAUGCUUCUAUGAUGCUAAAAGAGCUGCACUUUUGCAGCUUUUUCACUGAAUUAAUCUCACUCCCUAACUACCCAAAAAAAUUGUAUCUUCCUCACAUAUGAUAUGGCACUAAGUCAAUUGUUUCUCCCUCAUGCCCUUUUCAACAACUCUCCCUAGGACCCAAAUCAUACUUUCUCUCUUACAACACUCUCCUCACUCUUUUGCCUCCAUUAAACUUUUACAUGCCCAAUUAGUCAUAGUGGGCCUGUCCCAAAACCCAUUUUUUGCAACCAAAAUUAUCAAAGGUUACUCUGAGACGGGCUAUUUGCCUGGUGCACAGAAGGUGUUUGAUGGAAUUCUUGAAAGAAAUUUCAAUUCAUGGAAAGCCAUCAUUUCUGCUUAUUCUAGAAAUACUUCUCACUCCAAAACUCUGGAUUUGUACUCUCUUAUGAAGUCUGAAGGUUUUGGGGUUGACAGCUUGACAUGUACAGUAGCACUCAAGGCUUGCACUAGCUUGUCUGAUAUAAAAAAUGGUUUUUCUAUCAUCCGUGAUGGCAUCGAUCAUGGGUUCGAUAAAUAUGGUUUUUUUGGGAGCACCAUUAUCAACUUCUUCGUGAAAUUUGGUAAAAUCGACAAAGCACGAGUGGUUUUUGAUCAAAUUCUGGAGAGAGAAAGAGAUGUAGCAUGCUGGAACUCUAUGAUUAAUGGGUAUGUUCAAGUGGGUGAUCUCUAUGAAGCAUUUCAAUUAUUUAGAGAGAUGCGAAGGACUGGAAUUAAGCCUAGUCCUGUCACUAUAACCAACCUGGUUCGAGCCUGUACUAUUUACCAAAGCUCGAAGCUCGGGUCAUGCAUUCACGGUCAUGUAGUUUCAAACCAAAUGUGUAACGAUGUUCUUGUGAUGACAUGCACGGUUGAUAUGUACAGUAAGCUGGGAGAAAUCUAUACAGCUCGACUGGUUUUCGAUAGGAUUGGUAACAAGAAUUUGGUCUCUUGGAAUGCCAUGAUUUCUGGUUAUGCUCAAAAUGGCUUGGCAAUUGAAGCCUUGUCUCUCUUUCAGGUAAUGUUGGAUGCCAAUGUUGGAUUUGAAUCUGCAACUCUGGUGAGCCUACUUCUUGCUUGUUCAAUGAUUUCAGGCUUGAACCAUGGGAAGAGCAUCCAUUGUUUGAUAAUUCGAAGAGGAAUCUAUUGUAAUUUGGUUGUGGGUACAGCCAUGGUUGAUAUGUAUGCAAAGUGUGGAGGCUUAGAAGCUUCUCGAUGUGUUUUUGAUAGAAUGCCUGAUAAAAAUUUGAUAUCUUGGACCGCCAUGGUUGCUGGCUAUGCUCAGAAUGGUUUUGCGAUGGAAGCUUUUCAAAUCUUUGGUUUGAUGCAAUCUGAGGGGUUGGAACCAAAUAAGUUCACCAUUGUUAGCUUGCUCCAUGCUUGUUCUCAUUUAGGGUCACUUCUCCAAGGGAGAAGCAUCCAUGGUUAUAUGAUUAGUCACGGGUUUGAAUUGGAGGUGGUCGAUCUUACUGCACUCAUAUACAUGUAUGCGAAAUGUGGGAAAAUAUGCCAUGCAAGGAGGUUAUUUGAUGACUAUUUCUCCAUAGAUGUUAAUAAAUCUCACUCUGGUGAUCCUUCACUCCCUAGGAACAAUGUUGAAAGAUCAUAUGAUGCUCCUCUCUAUAGAGCUUGUGCUUGUGCUGCGAGAUUCAAUGUAUCUCACUCUAGAGACCAUUCUAGCCAUUCAUUUGCCAGUUCCCUCUCCAGGGAAAGUUCUGGCCCCUUAUUAGAUGGAUCCCUCUAUAAAGGCAGUACUGAACUAUUGCUUGAUGGUUCUCUCUCUAGGGUUUUUAAUGAGAGAUCAUUCACUGGUUCACACUCCGGAGAUGUGAUUUUGUGGAAUGCAAUGAUCAUCGGCUAUGGGAUGCAUGGCUUGGCACACAAUGCUAUCAAAAUUUAUGAGCAGAUGUUAGAGAGAGGAUUGAAGCCCAAUGAAACUACAUUCAUUUCACUUCUAUCAGCUUGUAGCCAUGGUGGAUUAGUUGAACAGGGGAAUUAUUAUUUCAAAUCAAUGACCAAAGACCAUAACAUCUCUCCUAACCAGAAGCAUUAUGCAUGUAUGGUUGAUAUUCUUGGUCGAGCAGGCUUUAUUGAGAAAGCUAAAACCACGAUAGACACUAUGCCCUUUGAACCAGAACCCAUUGUUUUAGAAGCCAUGCUCAGUGCUUGUAGAACUUAUAAAAGAACUGAAAUGGGCAUUCGAAUAGCAGAGAGAUUACUCUAUUUGGACCCCCAAAAUGCCGGAAUUUAUGUGCUUUUAUCAAACAUUUAUGCCGGAGCUGGGAGAUGGGGAGAUGUUGAAAAGGUGAGAAGUUUGAUGAGAGAGAGGGGGUUAAGCAAGACACCAGGUUUUUGUCUCAUAGAAAUUGGUAACAGGGUCCAUGGGUUUUUAGCAGGAGAUAAGACCCACCCUUUUUAUAUUGAAAUAGAGAGGGUAUUGGGCUUUCUUUCUCUAGAAUUGGAGCAAUGUGGUUAUGUUCCGGAUACAAGCUCGGUGUUGCAUAAUGUUGAAGAGGAUGUGAAGGUGAAGAUGCUUGGGGGUCAUAGUGAGAGGUUGGCCAUCGGAUUUGGGCUUAUAAGCACACCUAUUGGAAACAUAAUUCGAAUCACAAAGAACCUUCGGGUUUGUGGGGAUUGUCACACAUGGACUAAGUAUGUGUCGAGGAUUGUUAACAGAGAGAUUAUCGUUCGAGAUGCUAAUCGAUUUCAUCAUUUUAUUGAUGGUGAAUGUUCUUGUGGGAAUUACUGGUGAUGAUUACAGCAAGGAUUUGUAAAUAUUGAUUUAUCCUACAACCAUACUAAAAGUCCAAUUUCCAUGUAGCUCACCAACAAGGCACAGUUGGAGUUUUGCAAGUUGGUGUCAGUUCCAGUAGAUAAAGCAAAGAACUUGAUUUUUGGUUUCCCAUUGGGGCUCCAGUGCAUGGUAUCAGAGCUUUUUUAUCUACUAAUCAGCUCAAGAGAUGAUCGAUUUCAAGAUUUUUGGGCAUCAAAACAACCUCUUGUAGUGAAUCUUUGAGAUUCCACCUCAGAUGGGGAUUUAGGGAGAUAUUGUAUGAUUACUUGGAAGAUGGUGGAGCCUAUGUAACUAAAAGUUCAAUUUCCACCAGCCCACCCCCAAAGGCACAGUGAGAGAGACAGAGAGAGAGAGGUGCUAUGUUAAAGCAUUCCCCUUAAUUCUAAUCAUUGUUCCGCGCCUUAGAUAUAUAAGUUAGGUUUAUUAUUGGUGCUUUCAUAUAUAAAAAGAACAAAAAAGAAAAUUUCAAAAAAGAAAAAAAGAAAAAAGAUAAACAACAACAGAUAGAUCUAUGUGAGAAGUUGAUUGUGGAAAGUUCUUUUUGGUAUUUUUGCUUUAGGGAAACUACAUGAGGAGGUUAAUGUUCUCUUACGAGGAGUGGCUGCAUUAUUCUUUUUGCAAUAAAGAAAGGUGAAAUUCACAUCACCAGAGAGAAUAUUCAAAUCUCAUUUUUC